GAAGGGAAAGAAAAAAAAACGAAAGCUGAGCAAAGAAAUGGCAGAAAAGGCCACAAAGGAACUAGAAAAAAUGCAGUUACAAGAAAAGGCCGAAGUAAAGUAUAAGGAAUGGUUAAAGAAGAAGAGAGCUGAAGAGGCAGAAAAGAAGAAGAAAGAGAAGGAAAAAGAAAAAGAAAGGGAAGCUGAGCUACAGGAGAAAAAAGCAAGAUCAGAGAAAAUCUUUAAGGAAUGGCUACAGAAUGCUAGAAAUAAACCACGCCCUCUUUUAUAUGGUUAUGGCUUCCCACAUGGGAAGUCUGCAGGUGGUGCUGAUGGAAAUUCAUAUCCAGCUCCAGCGUAUUGUAACCCCAUUCCUUGGAAACCUGUACAUGUGCCUCCUCCAAAGGAAGAUAGUGUUUUUACCAUGAAGAAGAGUAAGAGACCUGUAUCUUGUCAGUCACAUACGUCUUCACCUGUGCUGAUUGAGGUGCUGAAAAGGGGAGGCUCUUUGCUGUUCCUGAUAUGUACAAACAAGGGAAAACUGGUCAAGGAUGUGAAGGUUGGGAGCAGCUUUGCCAGCAAUGGCCAUGUAUUGUUCCGUGUCCUGAGAAGAGGGAACAAAUAUGAGGAUCGCAACCCUGAACUGCAGGAGAGCAGAUUUUGUCCUGUUCAGGAACUUGUUUGGAAAAAUCCUAUGGAAUAUGGUCAUGGAGAGAAGAGGGGUCCAGGAGAGCAGGUGGUUUUCUAG